CAGGGAUGUAUUACAAAAAUAUUUUCCUAUUUUAUCAAAUUUUUGUUUUAAGGUACCAAGAGGUUGAAUAGAUUAAAUAAAGCUUAAUAUUAACAUACAAAAAUUUCUCAAAUUCUCAGUUCAAAUGAAGACCAAUGAUCAAUCCUUAUUAAUUUUAAACAACCCUUUCCCUUUUGCGUCUUCUAUACAACUAAUUAUUGUUCAUUUAAAGAGCUUUAUUAUUCAGAUUCUAGUUCUAGGUAACGAUAUUUAUACCUGCUACAGGUACCAGUUUCUUUUCUACGCCCCAUUUAUAGAGCUACUACCUGAAUGAUACCCCUUUCACAACAGUUCCUGUAGGUGGAAAAUAAUACAGGCUACCAAAUCCCAGUAAACCCGGGCCUGUUCCAAUUAUACAACACACCGCAAAGUACUGAUUUUUUUAUUUAACCAGUGAUUAAUGGCCGGCAUUCGGAUCCGCGAUAAAUAGUGCGGCUGCGCCGCCACUGAGUCAUUCCUUUAAGCUUAAAAGCGCCGAGGAAACUGGUGUCAUCACCACCGCCACACGUACUCAUUGCUCCGAUUAGUGACACCAUUUUGUUUACGUUUACAGUUAGUAGUUUACAUUUCGCAUUCAGUAAGUAACCAGCAAUGACGGGGGGAACCAGCGCCGGCGUUUCGAAGAACAUCUGCAACUGCGAGCCAGCUGAAGAUGAAGUCGUUGAAGAAAUGGAGAAAAACGGCGACGAAGAUGCUCAUAUGCUGGUAGAAGAUUGGAGGCUGCACAAGUUCCAGUCUCCCAUUGAGCUCACCCACGACGACAGCAUCGAUCACGAUCACUUCGAGCCCUUGGAGUUCCACGGUCAUUGGGAUGAGGGCGGUGACGCGACCUUCACCAACAACGGAUUUACCGCGACGCUGAGGUUCAUGAACAGGGAGCUGCCGUCCCUGCGAGGCGGUCCGCUGCACGAGGACGAGUUCGUGUUCGAGCAAUUGCAUUUCCACUGGAGCGACGACGAUCACAGCGGAUGCGAGCACAUUUUCGAAGGUCGAGCGUACUCGAUGGAGGCGCACGCUGUGCAUUACAAUGCGAAGUACAAGAACUUCCAGGAAGCUCAGGAUAAGCAUGACGGUUUGGCUGUGGUGGCUUUUUUCAUACAAGCUACCGAUAACGUGGAUAAUCCUUGCUUCAAUAAAUUAUCCUCGGCUGUGAUGGAUAUCGCGAAAGUGAACAGCCUAACAACCGUACAAACAGAUUGCUUGACGUGGAUCAAAGAAGUAGCCCAAUGCAAAGGAUAUUACACCUAUCAGGGAUCUUUGACCACCGAGCCAUACACUGAAAGCGUUACUUGGAUACUGUACUCUACUCCAAUCCACGUGUCUAGAGAACAAGUGGCGCAUUUCAGGAACAUGAAAUCCACGCCGUGCGAAAAAUUCAGCAUCAUCAAAAACGUCAGGCCUAUACAAACUCCACCGAUGCACAAGAAAUUGAACAUUCUGUACGCCAGAUCUCACAGGUCCAGUUCGCCUUCUCCAGCUCGCGGUUCUGAGUAAAACCUAAGUAAUUUAUCUUUAACUCAUAACAAAAAAAAAACAAAUCCGCACGUUAAUUAAGGUGCUUCUGAUGUAGUUCUACUGGGAAUAUCUGUUUCAAAGAUAGCGCCAGUUCGCUGAUUUGAUAAGAGAGUCGGCCAAGAAACUCCCGAGCAAUGUAUGGAUACAGAGGAACGAUGGAAAUGUUUCUUGACUUUCAGAUCGAAGAGAGCGAACUUUAGUUUUGCCACGGCAAAUUCGAAAUUUUAUACAGCUGAUUUUUUAAUGUUUAGUAAUAUACAUGUUUGAAUAAAGAGUUUUACUAAUUAA